AUGGUUGCCCCACGGCCCCUGGAAAGGUUAAUCUCCAAAUUCCAGCUCCCAGGAUCUGGGGGCAGGCGGGAGACCCAUCAUCGGCCCCAGAUCUGGGUGAAGCCGGGAGUGGUGCAGGCCAAGGGUGGGAGAGCCCUGGAGGACCUGCAGAGCCCACACGCGGACCUGGCCCAGAGGGAAGAGAGGAGUGAGGCAGAACCUGAGACCCAGGAAAGAAAGCUCACUCCCGGGACCCCUGGGCCGGGGGACCUGCCCUCCCAAAACCUGCCUUCCCAAGAUGCCCUUGAAGGACUGGGCUGGGACCCGCACCUGGGCCAGGAGAGAGCAGAACUUCAAAGACCGCCAAGGAUGGACACCCCUCAGAGUCUGAGAGAGGAGGACCCUCAGGAUCAGAAAGCAGAGACCCCUCAGCAUAAGAGAGGGGAGGCCUCCCGGGGCGAGAUCAAAGAUGCUCCUCAGCGUCAGAGGGUGAAGACACAGAGGGGCCAGAGCCCAAGGGCUCCUCAGGGUCAGAGAGAGGAGGCCCCCCUGGGUGAGAACACGGGCGUUCCUCAGAGUCGAGGAGAAUUUAGUCCUAAGUGCCAGGGAAAGGCGAGUCCCCAGAGUCUGGGGAAGAAGAUGCUGCGGUCUUGGGAAGGCAGUAUCUCACAAGCCUGGGAGGUGGCUCCCGGGGAGGCCACUGUACAGCUCCCAGAGGAAGGCAGCUCCCGGAGCCAUCGAUGGGACUCCUGCGGGUCCCUGAAAGCACAGACUCCAAAGCCUGUGGGCAGGGAGAGCCCAGACCUCCGGAGAAGGACUACCGCGAUGAUGCAGGACAGGAUCAGAGGCGAGACACAACAGUCGGCACCGGCGGUGGCAAAGCUAGGGGUCGCCAAGGAGGGGGCGUGGGCUGCGCUUCCCAGCCCGAAGCCCCCGGCCCGGCAGCUGCUUCCAGGUCGCGGAGCCGGAGCUGUGAUGCCAGCGACCCUGCGCGCCAAGGUAUCCGGGCAGCAGGGGCUCCCCGGGGGUCUUCGGGGUACCCCAGACCCGGAGCGCAAUCCGCACGGGCUGCAGGGCCCUGGAGUGGGCCCUGGCCCGGGAGAGGAGGAGGUGGGCCAGGCUCGGCUUCCGGGUGCCCUCCGGGGUCGGGGGGUCGGUCCUGAGCGUCCCAAGGCCUCGAAGGCCGCGUGGCCGGCGCCCCUAGGCAAGGCCAAGGCGCCUGCGGGCUUGAGCGCGGCGCGGCAGGAGACGGCUCUGCAGCGGCUGCUGGCGCUGCACAGCGCAGCCAGGUGGCGGCGCCGGCGGGACCGUGAGCAGCAGUGGCUCCGGGUCCUGGAACGCCUCCACAUCGCCAGGAACCGCCACUGCUGGGUUCACCCCGUGGGGCUCCCGCCCAGCCUGGCUCAACUCCCGCCACAGGCAAGACCCCCAGAAGGCGGUGGGGCCACAAGGAACCUGCACGGGGGCGCGAGGGGCGGGUGUGCCAGGUGCUGCCCCGCCCGCCCCACUGAGCCGCGGACGCUCAGCGAUCUGCACCGCCAGGAGGACGCGACUGGGCGGCGGCGCGCCCUGCAGGAGCAGCUGGAACAGAUGCAUCAGGAGAGGACCGGGCGGCUGCGGGCCCUCGGGGCCAGGAACACUCAGAACUUCCUGGAACUACUGUGUUCCCCUGGUGCUGCGGAUCCCGUGCCUGCAGAGUAGUGCUCGCCCUUCCCAGCCCCCUCUGGUCAUUGCUGGGUACUCAAAGGGAUGAUUAAAGAGAUGAGGGUUACGGAAAAA